AUGAGUUCAUCAAUCCCUUACUCUGAUAAUCCGACGGAUGAAUCCACACCACUUCUCACGUCCGACGUUGCUGUGCAGAGGCCCCAUUGGCCCAGGAAUCGGGAAUUAGGAUGGUUGAUGCCUUAUGGCUUGAAAUAUCCUCCUCCGGUUCUGCCCAGACCAUUAAGGGGUCUACAGGCUGACCUGGAUUCGGCUUGGAUGGAACUGGAAAGACAACAAGUGAUUGCUAACCGGGUGAAUCUAUUGACAUCGACGAUGGCGUUAUUGAUCACGAGCUCAGGAGGGAUAACGACGGCGAUGGCGAGCAACAAGAACGUGAGGAUCUGGACGACGGUAACGGGGAUGCUGACGACGAUUGCGGGGACGGUGAUGGGCGGGAUACGGGCAAUGGGCCAGCCGCGACGGGCGGAGGACCGGGUGCGUCGGCUGGAGCGGAUCAUCGAGCAUAUCGGCCGGCUGUACUACUCCGUCGGGCCCGAUGACAGCUCCUCGCACGAGCAGGCCAUCGAGCAGACCUGGAAGAUGAUCGACGAGGAGGAAGACCGGACCGAGCUCGAGGAGCGUAAGGCUGGUAGUUUCGGCUACCGCAUCCACUCUCCUCCUCCUUCCCCCUCUUCUAUCCCCCAGUCAACCGCUCAAUCACUGCCUCAAGGCAGUCCACAGGAUGAUUCGGCUGGCUCAAAACAGGAGAUCAUGCGUCCUCGACUUAAAAUGAGAAGAGCUAGUACGCUCUUAGGGAACCAUUUCUCUUCAUCCGAUCGUCCUACUCGUGUUUAA